AUGAACUAAUCAUUUUUUGAAAGUUGGGUUAUGGAUCAACUCAAUUAAAAUGAAGAAACAUAAAAAACUAAAAUCAAAAAAGAAAAGAAAAAACCUAGAUCUAAAGAAUUUCUAUAAAACUUAAAAGAAAUGACUGAAUUAGAAGUACAAUUUAAUGAAAUGACUCUAUCUGAUAAAUCUUAAAGGUAAUCAUCUAUUUAAAAAAUCGAUUUUGGGAAAUUUGUUAACAUUUCUAGUGUUCAAGAUGAGGAAUUUCUUAAAUGGAUUUUAUCAUAACUUAGACUUUAUUUCUAAUCUAAAAAAAUUAGUUUAGUAUCAAACAAAAUAGAUUUUCUAUUUAAUUUACUCUUUGAUGAAAAAGAGAUAGAUUUUUUAGAAAAAGGAAUUUGCUCUAGAUUAGGAAUAGAGAAUAAUUCUCUUAAUGUCCAAGAAUAAAAGAUUUUUUUAAAGAAUAUUUUUUGUAACAUCUUUGAAUUUUGA